AGGGGAGUUCAGUACUUGAUGUUCUUUUCUCACCGUCUGCUCAGGUACAUGGACCCUCUCGCUGCUCUACGUCACUUCCUGUUGUGUGCGUCUGCAGGGUUGUUGUAGUGACAGGCAGGCGACUAUUAUCGCGUGAACGCUACGGGGAGAUACGACGUUUUCCUUUAAGUUGAGUCUGGAUUAGUUUUUUUGUUUGUUUCUGUAAAUAACCUUUCCGUUCGCCCAUUUUUCACUUGAGUGGACUUUAUUUAUUGUCCGGUCUGCUUGCUUCUGUAAACCUACGCAGCAGCAACCGACCAAGCACGCCGCCACCGACCGACCCUACUGCUGCUGGCUGCGGGAGAAGAAAACAACAAGCUCGGCUCGCUCUCCGCUGAGCUGUGUGAUCAUUGACAGAGUUCAAUACACACACGCUUCAAGUGACAACUGGCGGGAGCGGUGUGCAUCGUAACCAGGGAGUACCUCAGCAAGCGCCGGGAGAGGUUAUUUUCGCCUCCAAAGUUGAGGUUUUUUUUUUUUUUUAAAUUUCAUUUAUAUACAACAAUUUUCAACAUCUGAGCAACUGUCAGGCAUUGGACCAACAAGAACGGUUUCCACAAUUUCCUUCAGCUCGUCUGCAGCCCCCUGCAUACCCAGACUGUCUUCUGCCCCAGCAUGAAUGAAGUUAGUGUUGUUAAAAAAGGAUGGCUCCACAAGAGAGGUGAAUACAUUAAGACGUGGCGUCCACGUUACUUCAUCUUAAAGACUGAUGGCUCCUUUAUCGGGUACAAGGAAAAGCCUGAAGUGUCUGGUGACCACAGCCUCCCGCCUCUCAACAACUUCUCUGUCGCAGAAUGUCAGCUGAUGAAGACGGAGCGACCCAGGCCCAAUACGUUUGUCAUCCGAUGCCUGCAGUGGACCUCGGUUAUCGAACGAACGUUCCACGUAGAUAGCAACGAGGAGAGGGAGGAGUGGAUGCGGGCGAUCCAGGCGGUGACAAACAGCCUCAAGAGUCAACAGCAGGAUGAGGAACCCAUGGAGAUCAAAUUUGGCUCACCGAGCGACAGCAGCGGCACAGAGGAGAUGGAGAUCGCUGUGUCCAAGUCUUGCACAAAAGUGACAAUGAGUGAUUUUGAUUAUCUAAAGCUUCUGGGCAAAGGGACUUUUGGGAAAGUGAUCCUGGUGAAGGAGAAGGCCACAGGGAUGUACUACGCCAUGAAAAUCCUCCGCAAAGAAGUCAUCAUCGCUAAAGACGAGGUGGCACACACAGUGACAGAAAGCAGGGUCCUCCAAAAUACAAGGCACCCCUUUUUAACGACACUAAAAUAUGCAUUUCAAACACAUGACCGGCUAUGCUUUGUGAUGGAAUACGCAAAUGGAGGAGAGCUAUUCUUUCAUUUAUCCCGGGACAGAGUCUUCACAGAAGACAGGGCGCGGUUUUACGGGGCAGAAAUCGUUUCAGCGCUCGAGUACCUACAUUCCCGUGAUGUUGUUUACAGGGACUUAAAGCUUGAGAAUCUCAUGUUAGACAAAGACGGCCACAUAAAGAUCACCGACUUUGGGCUGUGUAAAGAGGGGGUCACUGACGGAGCCACCAUGAAAACCUUCUGUGGAACCCCCGAGUACCUGGCACCAGAGGUGCUGGAGGACAAUGACUAUGGCAGAGCGGUGGACUGGUGGGGCCUGGGGGUAGUGAUGUACGAGAUGAUGUGCGGUCGGUUGCCAUUCUACAACCAGGAUCACGAGCGCCUGUUUGAGCUUAUCCUCAUGGAGGAGAUCCGCUUCCCCAAGAACCUGGCCCCAGAGGCCAAGGCCCUGCUGGCAGGCCUGCUGAAAAAGGAUCCCAAACAAAGGCUCGGAGGUGGGCCAGACGACGCCAAAGAAGUGAUGACUCACAAGUUCUUCAUCUCAAUCAACUGGCAGGAUGUUAUUGAUAAAAAGCUCGUUCCCCCCUUCAAGCCCCAGGUCACAUCAGAAACAGACACCCGCUACUUUGACGACGAGUUCACGGCACAGUCGAUUACAAUAACUCCUCCAGACAAGUAUGACAGUAUAGAUCCAGAGGAUUCAGAUCAGCGCACACACUUCCCUCAGUUCUCCUACAGCGCCAGCAUUCGGGAAUGAUCACUCGGACUCACAAACAAACUAACAAGCAGGCAGGCUGGCACACAAUCACAACCCCACAUGCACACUUGCACUGCUGAGUACUUCAGAACGACACAAACGACAAAUGGCACAAAGCAUAGGUUCAUUCUGUCUGUAGUGCACAAACACACACGCAGACACCUGGAGAGUCACACCAUGAAGUAGGAACCCACGAAGCGCCAGUGACUGACCUCAGCGGGUGGGUGUGGACGGACGGACGGACGGACGGAGCGGCCGGCAGCUUUGUCUGUGUGCGUCCUCUCAGGGUGGACCUCUGCUGCACUUCUCUGGACACCACAUCAAAGCCUUGACACGUCCAAAGCCAGGUUCUUUCCCACCCACCUCUGUACCAGCUGCAGCCAUGCCUCACACAGCCCCCGCAUUUAGACUCAAGGAAACGUGCGAAAGGAUCUUUAGGAAUUUUGAAGAUAUUUGGUUUUUUUCUCUUCAUUUUUCUUCUUGUUUUCUUAAUUUCACCCGUUUUCAACGUAAAGACACAAUUCAGCUUUUUUCACGUGAUUCUUUUUUUGGGGGGGGGGACAAGUGCUCUUUCUGGAACUUGCUGUUACGAAUCAGUGUAGGUUUUACCUAUGGUAGGGGGGGGGCAAAAAGAGUCACUGUGUUUGCACUGCACGGUGACUCUGAGGACACACAGAAGUGUGUGUGUGUGUGUGUGUGUGUGUGUGUGAACGUGUGCAAAGGAGCGGAUGAUCCGCCAUUUUUUGUUUUGUUUUCCAGCCAUCCAUUCGUGUCCGUUUCCUCCACGUUUCUCCACCUCUGGAAGAGUUGAGGACACUACGCAGCUCACUCAACAAACUCUCAGUUGUGUUUGGUCGUUUUCCUGCAAGCAGACACACAAAAACCGACCAGCUUUGUGGCUAAAUUGAUGAGAGUCAGUAUUACAGAAAGGUCCACUGCGUGGCUGAACAUGUUUCAAAGGAUGCAGUCCUGAUGCCCUUUCCGGAUCGGUCCCCCUACAUUUGUGGUUUCCCCCCAACCAACCCAUAGAAACCAUUAAAGCAGUUAAUCACUGUAUUAAACCCAAUAAAUUUCACUCCCUAGCUAAAGAAUAAGAGCUCCUUUUUAUUUAAUAUUUCAUGAAUUUUCAAUCAUCCUCGUAUUUAAAGAAUGAAAGCAAUCAACUGGUAAUAAGAGGCCAAAAAUGAUGUCUUGUUGGACGCGUAAAACUGUAUGAAAACGUUGUUGUUUGUUUUUUAAUGUGGUGUCGAAAACGUUGAAAUGCGUGCAGUUGUGUGUCUGCAGCAACGGGGUUGUUGUUGUACUAAAUGCUGUGUGACUUGUCCAACCAGCCUUUAGCCUGCAGUAAUGAGCAAAAAGUGGAAAUUAAAACAAAUUGGAUUCAUGGCAGCGCAUGAUUGACAGACGCUGUGGAACGUAUAAUGAGUGCUCAAAUUGACACAAGCGUUUGUUUGUUUUUUAUUCCAUAAUGCUGGAAGACAUGUUGGCUGCUCUUUAAGUUGUACUAAAGGAGCAUAUAAACCAUUUUUUUAUGUUUUUUUUAUUAUUAUUUGUCGUGUUUUAUCCCUCUUUGUCCUUUCACUUCUCUUUUUUUUUCAAGAUACGUCAUCUUGUUUUAAGUAAACGUUAUAUUAAAUAUAUCUAUUAAAAAGUUUUUUUCCAAACAGA